AUGGGUCAGAAUGCCUUUGAUCAGAAGAAAAAUGCAAUUUUAGAAGAAAUUAAUUCAACUGAUUUGGAUUUAUCACCAAAAGGAACUAUAGAUGAAUUAUGUCUACCUAUUAUGAAGCUAAUUAAUUCUCAUAGAGAUAUGGUUACUACAUCCUCAUGCUCAGGGCGUUUAAGUGUAUUUGUAGAAGGUAAUAAAGUUCAUAAUAAAACAGUUAAAGUUGGUGGGAAAGGUGAUGGUGGUAAAUGGCUAUUUGUCACACAUAAUCAAGAUGAAGUGCUAGGAUGGCUAAAUAAUCUGGAGAACAAAAAUACUUAUUUCCAGCCAAUUUUAACUCCAAAUUCAACUCCUGGGAGUGAUGGUUCAACCAGGUUAAUAUUAUAUAAAUACGAACCUUUCAUUUUGCAUGUGAAAUGUAGGGAUUUGGAAAGUGCAUCUGCUUUAUAUAAUGUUGCAAUGAGUUGUGGGUUCCGCGAAAGUGGAAUUGGAUCUAAUUUUAUCGUUGCAAUUAGAAUUAAUAUCAAAUUAGAUGUUCCUAUUGGUUAUGUUGACGAAACCACAGAUGCCUACAAUUUACUUGUUCCGUUGACCUAUAUUGAAUUAUUAGAUCAAUUGACCUUUGUAAAGUUUGAGGAUAAUGCUAAGAAAAUCCAAUAUUUAUACAAUAAAAUUGAAAAUGAGAUUAUUAAUCAUCCAAUACAGAAUGUUGCUACAACUCAAAAGAAAGAGGUAGAGACUAAAGAGGAUAGAAGAAUUAGAAAGAGAAAAGAAGGCUUGGAAAGACAACGAAGGGCUUUAGAGGAGAAACUUUUAAAGCAAGACACGGCUAAUAUAGUUUAA